AUGGCGCCUCGGUGGGUACUGCUGCUGCCGCUGCUGAGCCUCGUGUCCGCCCAGGAGCUCAACCUGCGCACCGUGGUGCACAGGAACUACAAUAUGUCCAAGGUGUCAGGGGUCUGGUAUUCUAUUUCCAUGGCCUCGGACGACAUGACUCGGAUCGAAGAAAACGGGGACCUGAGGGUCUUCGUGGAAAAAAUCGAAAGCUUGGACGACGGCCGCCUGAAGUUCUCCUUCCACUUCAUGCUGCUCGGGGACUGCGUGGAGGCGGCUGUGGUCUGCCAGAAGACCGACAAGAACGGGAAGUACACCCUAGACUACAAGGGGAACGGGACGGUCCUGCUCUGGGAGACCGACUACAGGCUGUACGUCACCUUCUACCUCCGCAGCGUCAACAACGGCACCACCACGCAAGUGCUGGCACUUUAUGGGCGCUUUUCAGAACUGAGACCCAGCUUCCGGGCCCGAUUUGAAAAAAUCUGCAAGAGAUACGGACUUGGGCCACAAAACAUCAUCGACCUGACCGGCCAAGAUCAGUGCAAGAGAUACUAG